CACCCCGCCGUGCGCGCUUGUCGCGGCUGUUUUUAUACUCCGGCCCCGCGCGGGCCGUUUCACAAGUGGAGCAGUCAGUGUGAGUAGAAGAGGAAUUCGUGAGGCCCUGCUGGAAUCUACAAGGAGUCUGCUGUCAAGAGCUACGUCCCCAUCACAAAACCAGAAAGAGUUGCAGUCAUGGCAGUUCUCAACCAGUGUUGCUGUGGAUGUUCCCUGAAGACGGGCACCAUCAUCAUUGCUGUCUUGUAUGUGAUUGCGAGCCUCGUGCAGAUUGCAACAACAGCGAACAGUUUGCACACCCAUCAGUAUGUUGAUGAAGAUCUACAUUAUUCCAUAGAUAACUUUAACAGCCUUAUACAUACAGAUGUUGAGAAGCAACUUAGAGAUACAGCUGAGAAAUUAGACAACGAUUUUGGACUGAAGGGCAGUGAUGGCAGUUUGACCAGGACAGUGAAUAAAGCGCUACCCUACAAGACUAAAGUUACUAAGACGCAGCUAAUAGUAACACUCGUGUUUGCUAUUAUCCAGGCUAUCUGUGGCAUACUUCUCCUCUUCGGAGCCAUUCAGGAAAAGGCUGGCAUGCUACUUCCAUGGGUGGUUGUGGAAACCCUGGUGGUCAUAGCAUCAACUGUCGUAGGCAUUAUCACAUGCAUUGCUCUCAUCGCAGUGGCUGAAACAGCUACUGCUGGCAUUAUUGCAGUUGUUUUUGUCGUCCUCUAUGUGUUGCUCAGUGUGUACUUCCUGCUGGUCGUGUACAGCUACUACCAGACCCUCCGUGAGAACCCACGGCGAUACGUUUGAAGAUCUGCUACUCUGGCAGGCAGACAGAGGAUGGUGUGUGCACCUUUGUAACGGAAGUGGAUGCAGUUGGGGGAGUUUAAGUCACUGUCACUUCUGCAAAAUGUGUUGCUGGUGAAAUUGCUUCAAACUCUCAGGUUUAUUCUUGUGUGCACCAUCAUUGGUUUUGACAGUGCAUCUGGAAUCCAGAUGCAACACUCAUUACACACAGUGCUUACAUUUCAUCAGCUUUACACCUCAGCCUCAACUUGCUGUUUCCAUUUACACAAAAAGAAAAUUUCUUAAAAAAUUCCAGAGACCAUUGAGAAGUACAAGAAUUCAUUUCACACUGUUUUCCAUAGAUUUUUGUAUAUAUGUCUCACCUGUUUUAUCAGCACACAGUCUGUAUUUUUAUGAUACAUGAUAUUAAAUUGCAGUCGUCAAAUAUCUCUUAAAAUCUGUACACAAGAAUGUACUCAAUUCUUCAGCUAAUUUUAAUGUGAUAGUAAGAAGUAGAUUUAAAACAAAUUUCAGAAUCAAAAUAGUAUCUUUGUUAAUAUGUUUUAAAAAUACGUUCUGUAACUUAAUUGACUGAGUUUUGUGUAGCAAAGGCUGCAAUCAAUUUUAGGAGAUUUAAAUCAUUCAUAAAGCAGAACUGCACUGUAACAGCCACAUCUUAAAAACAAGAUUUACAAAUGUGGUGUCAUUGUAAGACAUGAUGUAUUCAAUUCUGAUUUUAUCUCCUUUGGUUUUUCAGUAGUAAGACUGCUGUGCAGAAAUUCUGGUGUUCUCCUCAGCACUUCAAACUGUUUUCCUCCUCAGGCACUUAAACUGAUUCUGUUUGUGAUUUACUCUGUAUUACUAGGCGGUGUAAUAUGCAACUCAUAUGUCAUGUAGCAAACAGGAACAUGGAUUUUUGUUGUUAUUGGUUUACGGACAUCAGCACUGCACAAGCAACUACAAUUUUUUCCAUAUUCACUGAAAAUGUUUUAUCUUAACACCUUGUGUUUCAGUUCCCUAGGGUCCCUCAAAUUAAAUUUUUUUUAAUACAAGUUUAGGCAACUCAUCUCUCUUCUGCACGGUAUGUUUUGUUUAAUUUUGCACUUGUAACACUUAGGGUUGGGGGUAGCUGGUUUUACUGGUGGUGUAUCCUGCUUCUCUGGUGUUGCAGGUGACCCAACAGUAAAGACUCACAACCACCCUAAUAAAUGGCUCUUUUGAUCCUCCUCUACACUCUUACCAGCCUGCACCUGUCUUGCAAAAAUAUCUUUCAUAGGCACAUGAGAUUCAGCUUAAGCACACCAGCCAAUCUGUGUCAGUGAAAUACACUCUUAUUUCACUCUUUUUGCAUUAGCACAGCUCCAGCUCCAGGUUCAUGUCACUACUCUUGUAGUGAAGCAUCUACUUGAUAUGUGCUGUUCAUUGUACCAGGAAAAAUCCUAUUUACUUCCAUUAUGUGCAUUUCUGUUAUUGCAUUUCCAUUUUUGUAAGUGAAUGAUGAUUGUCUUCAUCUUAUAUUGUGUAUAGUUUGUAGAACAAAUGUAUUAUGUUUUCACUAUUUGAUGUUACUGACUGAAGAAUAAUACUUGAAUGUAUUUUUAUUGAAAUUAAUAAAUGACAAAUUUCUGUACUCAUA